GUUUGGUUAUGUUUAUAAGACCCGGAAAAAUGCGUUUGGUUAUGUAUUUUUUUUAAAGAAUUGUAAAUGUGAUACUGAUCUUCUAUUCCGUACACGCCGGUUUUUCUUUCCCCGAAUGCACGAACACAUUUAUCAUCAUAACGCCACUGGCAAAUUAGCGCACGGAGUAGACAAAAAAACUGCCACGAUAACAGUUUGAGCGAUGUUUGUAUCUAGUCAAACCAUCCCAUCUGAUCACCCCACCCUGAGACCACCCACCAACACCACCCGUGAGCGUUGGAAUGAACGAGCACAAUGGGCACGGAGGGUGAGUCCGGGGUGUGGGCUUAAAGAUUGAGUUAGGUCCAACAACAAAACCACCCCAUUCGCCCCAUCCGCGGGCGCCGUUUGUUUGCCCAUUCACAGCGGGGCCUUUCGCUGCCAGUCUGCCGUAGCCAAACUCGUUCAGACUAUAUUGCUAUGCAAGCGCAUACCGGACGCAUUCAAUGGCGGGAUUCCACGCCAAUCGCACGCCAGUACAGAGCGGAAAAGCCACGCGGCGGCAAACCAGAUCCUCCAGAUUUGCGUCUCGUUUGUGAAAACGCCGUGGGUGUUUAGUAGUGGUGAGUAGCAACAAAAAAAUAGGCUUGAUAAACAAUACAGCAAACAAACUCGCGCGCGUGUCAGUGUGUUUGUGGCGUGUAGUGUGACAGAACCCCGAGAGGUUACCUGAGACGAUUUGACCAGUUGGCAAGGUAUCAACAAAAGCGUGGCCACGGGACUGAGUGAAAAACCAUCGCUAGAGGGUACUGAGAUGCAAUACCCUGCAUCCGCUAUCGUGAUCCAGAAAACGAAACCGAUUCCGCAUUGUACGGCGCGACCGCUCCAAUCAACACAAAACCGCCACACGAACCACUUCGAGGACGUCGUUCCGCCGCACUAGCCCGGGGUGGAUUGUGGAUGAUCUGGUUUCGCCGCUGAAGGGAAAGUGCACCUUUAAAGCAGAAGGCCGUCUCGUGCAGAGUCGACGUGCUCAACCACACAACACCGAAAGUUCGCUGGUGCGGUGAGCGGAGUUUUCUUUUGAUUCCCGUUCGAAUCUUACUACAUACAUACAGCGCGAGAGAGAGAGAGAGAAAGCUCCACGAUGUAUAUCGGAGGUGUUGAAGGCGGUGCGACACAUUCCACCUUGGUGAUUUGCGAUGAGGCCGGCCAGAUUGUGGGUCGCGCAAAGGGCCCUAGCACAAACCACUGGGCCGUCGGUAUACCGGGCGUUGCCGAACGUAUCGAUGCGAUGGCGCGUGCGGCGAAGGCGGAAGCGAAUCUACCCCUCGACCAACAGCUGACCGCUGUCGGGCUGUGCUUGAGCGGUGCCGAAGCGGAGGAAACGAACCGCGAGCUGGAACAGUAUCUCCACACGAACUAUCCGACGGUGGCGGAACGGUACGUGGUGUGCAGUGACACGGUCGGCAGUAUUCAGGCUGUCUCGAACCUGGGCGGCAUGGUGAUCAUCGCCGGUACGGGAUCGAACACGCUGCUGCGCAAUCCGGACGGAAGUACGCACGGGUGUGGUGGAUGGGGUCACAUGAUUGGGGAUGAGGGUGGUGCUUGGUGGAUUGCAAGGAACGCAAUCAAGACCGUGUUUGACCAUCGGGACAAUUUGAAGCGUUCGAAGCAUCCGAUCGAACGGGUCUGGCAGCUGAUCCAGGAGCAUUUCGGCGUGCGAACGUUGCACGAUCUGCUCGACCAUAGUUACGGGCGGUUCUGCAAGACGGCGUACGCGGGGCUGUGUGCCAGGCUGGCCACAGCCGCCCUCGACGAGCGUGAUCCACUCUGUCGCAAGCUGUUCGACGAAGCGGGCCAAUCGUUGGCCCGGUCCGUCUGUGCGUUGCAGGAUAAAAUCUCACCGGAACUGUUGCGCCCCUCGGCGUCCGGUGCGUCGACGCAGCUGCUCGAUAUCGUUUGCGUUGGCUCGGUGUGGCUUAGCUGGGACCUGUUGCGGGAUGGCUUUGUGUCCGAGCUGCGGAUGCAAGGAUUUCCGCACGAUUUGCGCCUGCUGCGACUGACCACAACGAUGGCGCUCGGUGCCGCAUACCUAGCGGCGGACACGUUCAAGCUGGGUAUGCCACGCGACUACACCGGCAAUUACGACGUGUUCUACACGUACCGGGCGGUCGCGAACGAGAACGGGAACGGAACCGACGCGGAGCAUAAAACGAACGGCCGCAGCUAGGCAGUGUUGCUGAGCAGGAGCUCGAAGCCGCGUCCUAUGCCCGUACGGUACACUUGCAACAUUGAGAUUCGAUACCGUGUGAUACAAGAUUAGUGAGAAACAGAUACUGUCCGAGUGGGUGGGCAAGCGCAUUGUGAAUGUGCAAUUGAGCGAAGGGACAUGAUAAAGCAACGAGACCUGAUUUAAGAGGCGUACGACACGUACCCUUUUCCCGAGCGUCAUGUUUCCAUUUAACUAGUGAAUUUGUUUUUUAACGAUAGUAGGCAGAUCGCUUUCCCGGCAGAGGGAAGCAACCCUAUUAUCAAUCGUCAUUCUAUUUCAAGUAUUCAAAUGCGCGCCGUGUAAUCGAAGGUGUUUGAUAGAUCUAUCACGUGUCCUUUGCUUUUGGUUAUUGCAUUCUGUAAUCUGUAAAAAAAUCACACACACACCCCCUUGAUAGGUAAUGCAUCCAAUAUAUCGAUUUCAAUCUUAUUGUUGUGAUGUGUGUGUGUGUUUGUUGUUGUAGUGUCUUUUGAAGCAUAAUAAAUAACGUUUAUGUCUAUAUGCGAACACA